GGUAGUUUUACAAAAGAAUCCCCCGGUUCACCCGAAAUGCGAUACAGGGCCCAAAACCGCCGUCAAGAAAUUCCGAAACCCUACAUAAACCCUGAAUCAAUUUCUGCCAUCGGUUUCUUAAAAUAGCAAAAUAAAGCCUCCAUCCACCUUUCUUCUUCUUCAAGCUUCAGUGCCUAUAGAAUCGAUGGUUUGAAGGAAAUCACAGAUAUAUCACUUGGAAGCAUCAGGCAACAUCAAUGGCAAAGACAUCCGCUUCAGGGAUUUUUAACUUUUCUCCGUUCUCUUCUUCACCCUCACCCUCGCCGUCGCCGGCUGUUGGUGGGUCUGUUGAUCCUCAAUCGUCUGCACCGAAAAAUGAGGAACCUACCACCCCGCGGGUUCGUAAUGACAACCCAAGAACGACAUCAUCUGGAUUUGAUCCAGAGGCAUUGGAAAGAGGUGCUAAGGCUCUCAGGGAAAUAGCGGCCUCUUCUCAAGCCAAAAAGGCUUUUGAGUUGAUGAAGAAGCAGGAAGAGACUAGGCAGACAGAAUUAGCUUCAAAGACGGCUGAAUUUAAAGUAAUGCAAGCUCAGGCUGAAACUGAGAGACAAAGAGUAAUAUAUGAUGAACAGAAAAAGCUAGCUCAACAACAAGCUCAAAUAAAAUCACAGAUGGCUCGAUAUGAAGAUGAACUUGCACGAAAAAGAAUGCAGGCAGAAAAUGAACAUCACAGAACAAGAAACCAAGAACUUGUUAAAAUGCAAGAAGAAUCAUCAAUUAGACAAGAACAAGCUAGAAGAGCAACAGAAGAGCAAAUCCAAGCACAACGUAGACAAACAGAAAGAGAAAAAGCUGAAAUUGAAAGAGAGACAAUUAGGGUUAGGGCUAUGGCUGAAGCAGAAGCAAGAGCCCAUGAGGCUAAAUUAGCAGAAGAUGUGAAUAAACGAAUGCUUGUAGAACGUGCAAAUGCAGAAAGAGAAAAAUGGGUUUCUGCCAUUAACACUACCUUUGAGCACAUUGGAGGGGGUUUGCGUGCAAUAUUAACUGAUCAGAACAAGAUGGUUGUGGCUGUUGGGGGUGUCACAGCUCUUGCUGCAGGGAUCUACACAACAAGAGAAGGUGCUAGGGUGGUGUGGAGCUAUGUGGACAGAAUCUUGGGACAACCAUCUUUGAUCAGGGAAUCUUCCAGAGGAAAAUAUCCAUGGUCAGGCUUUUUUUCCCGUGGGCUGAGCAGCCUGUCACGUGGUGGUGGAGUUGCCACUCAAAAUGGGAAGAAUGCAUUUGGUGAAGUCAUUCUUAAUCCAUCUCUUCAAAAGAGAAUUCAACAGUUGGCUGGAGCAACUGCAAAUACAAAAUCUCAUCAGGCACCAUUCAGGAAUAUGCUCUUCUAUGGUCCUCCUGGAACAGGGAAAACCAUGGCUGCCCGAGAGCUUGCCCGAAAAUCUGGGCUUGAUUAUGCAUUGAUGACUGGUGGAGAUGUUGCACCUUUAGGUGCACAGGCUGUAACAAAGAUACAUCAGUUGUUUGAUUGGGCAAAGAAAUCUAAUCGGGGAGGGAAUAAGACAUAUAUGAGUGAAGCUCAAAGGAGUGCCCUAAAUGCUCUUCUAUUUCGCACUGGUGAUCAAUCGAAAGACAUAGUCUUGGCUCUUGCAACAAAUCGCCCUGGUGAUCUUGAUUCAGCUGUAGCAGAUCGAAUUGAUGAAGUCCUGGAAUUCCCAUUGCCUGGAGAAGAAGAAAGAUUCAAGCUUUUGAAACUAUACCUAGACAAGUACAUUGCAAAAGCUGGUGGAAGAAAACCAGGCUUCUUUUCAAAAUUCUUUCAGAAAGAGCAGCAGAAGAUAGAGAUCAAAGGUUUGACUGAUGAUAUACUGAGGGAAGCUGCUGCAAAAACAGAUGGAUUUUCAGGAAGAGAGGUUGCAAAGCUUAUGGCAAGUGUACAAGCUGCUGUUUAUGGAAGUGAAAACUGUGUACUUGAUCCACUUCUGUUUCGUGAAGUGGUUGAUUAUAAGGUGGCUGAGCAUCAACAGAGAAGAAAGCUGGCGGGGAAUGACAGUGGUGGUGGUGGUGGUGAUUAGUUAGUUAUUUGGGUGGCAUUUUGGGGCAUGCAGGUGAGUUAUCUGCUUUUGUGUCUUUGGUGGUCAACCCAUUCGGUCAAAUUGGGAUGAAAGAAAGAUUCUAUCUGAUAAAAGAGUUGUUAUUGAUAUACAAACACAAACAAUUAUUAAUUGUCUUUGUAUUAGGCAAAGAAUCGACUUCAUUUUUAACAAGAUGAGAUGAAUGUUUUGUUUGUUGGUAGCCAGAAAUUUGUUGCAAUAAAAUCAGAAUUUUCUUUAGCCAG